GCUGCGCGGCGGGGCCGUGCGGAGCGCGCGUAGGGGGCUUCGGGGCGCUCUGGGUUUGUAGUUUUGAAAUUUCUGGCGGGGGAUCCGCCGCUCAGAGUUUUGGUGGGAGGUGGGAGCCGAAGUGACGCCCUUCCGGGAGCCGCGCAGCCGAGCUCCGCUGCAUCUGGUCCCGAGCCUGAGGCGCCGGGUUGAGCCGGCGCACGUGUGAGCGCCGCUGAGGAAGCGGCGAGCGGCCGAGCAGGUGUGGCUGCCGGCAGGGCGGCGCGGACGGGAGGAAGGUCCGGGACGCCGGGGUCCCGCUGUCCAGCCGGCACCGGUCACUGACUCCUGUGUGGCGGCCCCGGCGCCUCUCCCUAGCGAUGCUGUGGAGCCGGAACUGCACUGGAGUCGGCUGCCGCUUGUCAAGCCUCCCCUCGCCUCUGCUCCCGGAACGGCGGCGCCGCAGCUGCCGCUGAUCCACCUGGGGGAUGCCCGCGGGCCUCACAGAACCCGCCGGCGCCGCUCCCCCGGCAGGUGUGGGCGCCUCCGGGACCGUGACCAUGGCCCCCGCCGCGGCUCUGCCCGUCAGGGUGGAGAGCACUCCGGUGGCCUUGGGUGCCGUGACUAAGGCUCCUGUCAGUGUCUGCGUGGAGUCCACGGCGUCCCAGCCGCUGCGGUCCCCCGUGGGGACCCUGGUGACCAAAGUGGCGCCUGUCAAUGCUCUUCCUAAACUAAACAGCGGCCCUCGUCUGCCAGCUCCUCAGAUUGUCGCUGUGAAAGCCCCCAACACCACAACUAUCCAGCUGCCUGCUAAUUUGCAGCUUCCUCCAGGAACAGUUUUGAUCAAAAGUAACAGUGGUCAGUUGAUGUUGGUAUCUCCUCAGCAAGCUGUAACAAGAACCGAGACCACAAGUAACAUAACUUCAAGGCCAGCAGCUGUACCAACGAAUACUCAAAUGGUCAAAAUCUGUACAAUGCCGUCUGUGGCUGUGCCAACCAAUGUUGUCACAGUUACUCCUGUAAAGCCGCCAAAUACUGUAACUACCCUGAAGCCUUCAAGUUUGGGAGCAUCAGCUGCCCGCUCAAAUGAGCCCAGCCUCCCAGCAGAGAACUCAGCUGCUGCUCAGACUAAUCUUUCUCCGACAAUGCUAGAAAAUGUGAAGAAAUGUAAGAACUUCCUCGCAAUGUUAAUAAAGCUAGCGUGUAGUGGAUCACAGUCCCCGGAGAUGGGGCAGAAUGUGAAGAAGUUGGUGGAACAACUUUUGGAUGCAAAAAUUGAAGCAGAAGAAUUUACUAGACAACUGUAUGUUGAACUCAAGUCUUCACCUCAGCCUCACCUAGUUCCUUUCCUUAAGAAAAGCGUGAUUGCCUUACGACAACUGAUGCCUAACUCCCAGAGCUUUAUUCAGCAGUGUGUUCAACAGACUUCUGGUGAGGUGAUCAUUGCUACCUGUACCACAACAGUAACACCUUCUCCUGUGGUGACAACAGCAGUUUCCUCUGUCCAGCUUGAAAAGGCCAUCAUUGGUUCUGAAGCAGCAACACCUGGAACUGUGUCAGUGCAAACUCUGAAUCCACUGGCUGGUCCAGGGGGAUCAAAAACUGGAGUUGUGACACUUCAUUCUGUGGGUCCAGCUGCUAUGCCAGGAGGGACAACAGCUGGAACUGUUGUGCUUCAGACUCCAAAACCGCUGGUGACAUCUCUGCAGAACACAGUGACAGCAGUCUCACUUCAACCUGAAAAGCCAGUUGUCUCCGGGGCAGCAGUGACCCUGGCCCUCCCCUCGGUAACUUUUGGAGAAACCUCAGCAGCAGCUGUGUGUCUUCCAUCUGUGAAACCUGUUGUUACUUCUGCUGGGACCACAUCUGACAAGCCCGUCAUUGGCGCUCCAGUCCAAAUCAAACUUGCACAGCCAGGCCCCGUGCUUACACAACCAGCUGGUAUUCCACAGGCAGUUAAAGUCAAACAGCUAGUAGUCCAGCAGCCUUCAGGAGGCCUUGCAAAACAAGUGACCACACUUUCCCAUUCCUCAGCAUUGACCAUCCAGAAAUCUGGACAGAAGAAGGUGACAGUGAGCACUGCAAUACCUACCAGUCAGUUUCCUCAAGCUUCUGUUCUAAAGCAAAUUACCCUGCCAGGAAAUAAAAUUCUGUCACUUCAGUCAUCUAUUCAGAAAAACAAAAUAAAAGAGAAUGGAACAACAUCCUUCAGAGAUGAAGAUGACAUCAAUGAUGUGACUUCCAUGGCAGGGGUCAACCUUAGUGAAGAAAAUGCCUGCAUCUUAGCAACAAAUUCUGAAUUGGUUGGCACACGUGUUCAGUCAUGUAAAGAUGAACCAUUUCUUUUCAUUGGAGCUCUACAAAAGAGGAUUUUAGACAUUGGUAAAAAGCAUGACAUUACAGAACUUAACUCUGAUGCUGUGAACUUGAUCUCCCAUGCAACACAGGAGCGAUUACGAGGCCUUCUAGAAAAACUAACUACAAUUGCUCAGCAUCGAAUGACAACUUACAAGGCAAGUGAAAAUUACAUCCAGUCUAAUGACACCAGAUCACAGCUCAAAUUUCUUGAAAAGCUAGAUCAACUGGAGAAACAGAGAAAGGAUUUAGAAGAAAGAGAAAUGCUACUUAAAGCAGCCAAGAGUCGUUCCAAUAAAGAAGAUCCAGAACAGCUGAGAUUAAAGCAGAAAGCCAAAGAGUUACAACAGUUGGAGCUCGCGCAGAUACAGCAUAGAGAUGCUAAUCUCACAGCUCUUGCAGCUAUUGGACCAAGGAAGAAGAGACCGCUAGAAUCCGGGUCUGGAAGUGAGGGUUUAAAAGACAACCUUUUUGCUUCUGGGACAUCCAACCUGACAGCCACCAAACAGUUGCUUCGUCCAAGAAUCACGAGAAUCUGCCUCAGGGACCUGAUCUUCUGUAUGGAGCAGGAGAGGGAGAUGAGGUAUUCCCGAGCUCUGUACCUGGCCCUUCUGAAGUGACCACGGCCCUCUCCAUCCAGAUCCUUGCUACUUACUGCCAAAGAAGACAUAAAGAGCAGUGUCGCAUGGUCCUGAAAUUUCGGUUUCUGGAAAAUAAUCAUUGAUAGGGAAGGCCAUUGUUUACAGUUAUAAACUUUUAUUAAAUCUUAGUUAUGUAUCCCAUGAGGAUCUUAAUGACUCGGAUUCAGCUUUUGAAAAUUGGUUGUAAAAUACAGUUUACACAGAAGUAGGCAUCUGCCUACCUAUGUGUUUACUUACAGCGAGGCUUUGUUCAUUACUGCCUGCUUCAUUUGUCAAACUAUUAACAGGUAAGGUGUCUUUCCCUAAUACAGCCUGCAUGGAGAUGCAGUGGGGAAGAAAGGAAGAGUCACCACUUACUAGGAAACUAUGUAUUUCAUCCUACAUGGAACGUGACUCAAAGCAUUAGGUUUUCUGGGCUGAAAGCAGAAGUUGCUUAGCAAAUUAUGACAGUCGCCUUCUGUGGUUGAAGGUGACAAGCCACAGGGUGAGCCCAGUGGUGGCUUUGGUCGGCUGAGUCCCAUUGUGUCAAGACAUUGACAAACGGGGAUAGUUUGUGCCUGAGGUUGCUAUUCCCUUGUUCACGUCACCAUGUGCUGCUUCUGAUACCAAGUGAGGGGACAUCCUUGUUGGUGAAGGAUGAUAUACACUGAAGCUGCUGAUAUACCUUGUUGAAAAAUGGAAAAGAUGGACAGUAUAGGAAGGAAUGAUGGGGCAUUGCCUCCAAACUGAUGGAGGGAAAAUGAAAAUGGAAUCAUAAAACAGGAAAUAUGCUGUAUACACCUAAGAGAGGGCAGUGGUUGAAUUGGAACUCCAAAGCAACCAGUACAUUUUGUUGACAGGGAAAAAAAUCACAGCCCAACCAAAAAGGAAAAUGUAUCAAACAUUUUCAAACUAAAGUAUUUCUAAGGGAAGAAGUUAUUCUUUGUUUUUUGUAUUGCUUUAAAUUUCACGGAUAGUUUUAUAAACUCUUUUAGUUACCCUAAGUUUUAAGCAUCUUGUUGCAUUUAAAAAAAAAAUCCCAAGUGAUGAUUAGAAAUUUUUAACAAUGGGAUUCCAUUUUGGAUUCUAUACUCAAAAGGUAAUGUCAGCAUCUUACUCUUGGAAAUCUUGGCUCUACAUAUAUUAUGAGAAGCAUGAUAUAUACACUCCCCUGAGGAGGAAGCUGACAUUUUGCAAAGCAAAUCCUCUUUUUUUUUUUUUUUUUUUUUUUAAUUCCACUUUUGUGACAUGUAGCUGGUGAAAAAUAAUAGCUGUAGUUAGAAUCACACAUAGAAAGAAUAAGUAAAUCCUCCAAAGAUGGUUUUUUAAAAAAAAGGAGGUGGGGGCAGGGAAAGCUGUGCUUCUUAGAAAAAGAAUUCAGGGGGAAAAAACCUCAAGUAUGUUAUUCUUCAUCCUGUUCUCCCCGUCGGGACUGUUAUGGCCGUAUUCUGUACUGUAGUAAGUUUUAAAUUGGCCACGUUUUCUGUUUCAGCAAGUUAUUAUAUAAAAAUGGUAUAAAUUAUGUACAUGUUAAAAAGAGUCCUUUAAGAAGAGAUCUAUACCUAAAGUUGUUUUUGUAUAUUUAAAUGCUUAGCUUUAUUUUUUGGUAAAGUGCAGCACACUCCCAUAUUUGUGUAUAAUCUUAUUGAUCAGAUGUUUAAAAUUAUUUCAAAUACUUCAUUAAAAUAAUUAUUUUAUUAUAAGAA